CGCAACAUAUACAGCCGUUCCUAAUGGCGUUCGAACUUUAUAGCGUGAUAUUUGCUGUUCUUUUCGCCUGUGGUUGUCUAGUUCUUCUGCUGGUGGUGCAAGCCGUUUUAGUUUCCAUGAGACUGAAGCCAAAGAAGAAUCAGAGCCCACGGCAUGGAAAGGUUGUCCUUCAUCAAAUGCCUCCAAAUUCCCGAGUUUUAAAUGUUUCUCCAUCUUGUCUAAAGCUAGAGACCUAUUUACGAAUGAACAAAGUCCCCUAUGAAAGCGACUACAGCUUUAGAAUGUCGAGCAAAGGCAAAGUGCCAUGGAUUGAAUAUAAUGGAACGUCCGUUGCGGAUUCAAACUUUAUUGUCCGUUUUCUCAACGAAGAAUUUCAAUUGGACCCCGAUGCCCAUCUGAGUGUCGAGGAAAAAGCCAUCGCGCAUACCAUGCUCGUAACACUCGAGGAGAAUACGUAUUGGUACGACCUCUAAUAAUAUAUAAUACACUUAUCUGUUUUUACUUUAAACUGUUUGUAACAAAAAAAAAACAUCCUCCAGGUCUACAGCUUUUGUAUCCUUGAGGGUGUGGCACUGCGGUGUUGGGGGGGGGGGGGGGAGAGAGAGAGAGAGAGAGAGAGAGAGAGAAAGGGUUAGUGAUUCCAUGUUUGAUUUUCUUUUUAGAUACACAGUUGCUUUUCAAUAGGGGUGGAGUUUGCACCUUGUCAAAAGCAUAAUCAAGGUGGGAAGAGGGAAUGCAUUCCAUUAUUUUUCUCAAACAGGAACUUGCACAGAAUUAGGCUGUAGAACAAGCCUAAUUUUUUCGGCAUUUGUUAGGUGAAGAGAGGCAAGUGCAAAGCACGAGUCAUGUGCAAGGGUAGGAGAGCAAUAAAACUUUUUUAAAAAGAAAAUAGGUCAUGUAUUUCAGGGUUUUUUCCUCUCAUACAAGUGUCUCAAAAUGUCUUUUUGCUGCAAAUUAGGUGAUGUCUACACUUGAGCAGGAGCCCAUUAUUCGAAACUUCCAUCCUUCAUACUUACCCUCUGAGUCAACCCUGUCCUGUAUCUUUUUGUUUUUAGAAGCACCUUUGGGGGUGUUUACAUAAAAGCCAAUCAUAUGAGAGCUGUGGUCCUCUAUUGUUUACGUCACAUGCAGGCCACAUGUUUUUGUGGGAAAUUAUAGAACUCCCUAUAUAUCUCAGUUCUAAAAAUAAAAGAAUAUGGGACAGGGUUGACUCGAGGGUACAAUUGGUAUGGAGGCUCCAGGUAAUGGGCUCCUGACUCCAGCUGUGUAGACAAGUUACAUGGACUGAACAAGAUUAAUUACAUUCACUCCACAUGUUUUCCAAGGGUUAUGAUCAGAUCUUUUUCAAAUUUACAGCACUUGAAAUGAACAAAACUUCAGCAAACCAUUUGUAAAACUUAAGCAAAAUCCAGUUUAAACCUUCCUUUCCUAACAGAAUUCCAGUUUGGCUUCAGCAAGGCUCCCUUCCCUCCUCUCCCUCACUGCCUCCAAGAGCUUGCACAGUUUUCUGUUUUUCAAGGAUCUGAUCCAUACACAAAACCACUUCCCUACAGCACUGUAAUAGUUCUCCUUUGUCUUAUGUAAUUUUCCAUUUAAUCUUGUAACAGGACUCUGAUAUAUCAUAGCUUUGUGGCUGAUCUGGCAGAUACAAGGUCGAUGUCACCUCUCUUGGGAGUAACACCAAUUCCUCUAAAUUAUGUUAUGUCAUGGUUAGCAUCUCAUUAUCUGCGCCAGAACCUCUGGGGUCACGGAAUUGGGCGGCACUCUAGAGAGGAAAUUUACAGCAUUGCAGAGAGGGACCUAAGGGCUGUAUCACAAGUGCUAGGAACAAAGAGGUUUAUCAUGGGAAGCAAGCCAUGCCUUUUAGAUGCUGCAAUAUUUGGAUUGGUUGCAGUAUUCCUUUGGAAUGUUCCACACAGCCCACAGGCAAAACUUAUCAGGUCACAAUUGAAGAACUUGGAAGCACAUUGUUAUACCAUCAAGGAGGAGUAUUUCCCAGACUGGGAUGAAUUAAUAUUGAAAAACACAAACUCUCUUGAUUAUUAACCCUGGUUUAAUGUCCUUCAAAUCACCACUUUUGUUAACAAUAUUGACCUUCAUUAUUAAUACUCUUCCUAUCAGUACAAGUAAAUUACUAAACUUUGAUGUAACAGUUUUUUUUCUUGUGAUCUUAAAACCACUUCCAUUUUUUUUUGUGCCGAUUCAAGGGUAGCAUUCAGUAAAAAAUUAAUGCAACAAAGAAAUAUUCUCUUUGGUAUAAUGGUAUAUUUUCUAACUGUAUGAAAAUUUGACAGAGAGUAACAAGAGAUCCCUCUUGAAUUGUCAGCAUUCCUCUCUUCUAACACCUUUCAGCUGC